AGAAAUUACCACACAUACCCAAAACAAAGCACCUCAAAUUACAGCCUAAAAAUGUUCAAAUACAUCCAGCCCAGUCCCCUUAGGAUCGGGCCGACAUUGUCUGGCCUGUUUGGUGCAAGGCUCGAUUUUCAGGCCCAUUCAUAAGGCAAUCAGCAAAGAGAGAAAUAUAACGAACUCGACUGGAGAAAUUGAGAAGAAACAGAUAGAUCGCUCCCGGUUGCUCACAUUUUCUCGUCGGUUUUAGUAUUUCAACGGAUGGAGGGAAGCAGCCUCUGCUUUUGCUUCUGUCCCCUCAUCGCCCUGCAACUCAGAGUUCUUUACAGAAAUAUUCACCGUUGGAUUGGAAGGACUACUUUGAUCAAGAGGACGAUAUUAAAAUUCCAGACUCGAAUGAUGUUAGUUCUGGACUGGUAUUUCAUGUGUAUAUGGCUGGAACUGAAGGACCAGUUGUAUUUUGUCUGCAUGGAGGCGGUUAUUCUGGGCUUUCAUUUGCACUGUCAGCCGGCAAGAUUAAGGAGAAAGCUCGAGUUGUUUCUAUGGACUUGAGAGGACAUGGAAAGUCAAUCACGGAGAAUGAUCUUGACUUAUCUGUUGAGACUAUGUGCAAUGACGUUUUGGCUGUACUGAAUGCAAUAUAUGGGGAUUCCCCUCCUGCAAUUGUGCUUGCUGGUCACAGCAUGGGUGGCUCAAUUGCUGUGCAUGUUGCUGCCAUGAAGAAAUUGUCUAGCUUGGCAGGAUUGGUUGUUGUGGAUGUUGUUGAGGGAACUGCUAUGGCUUCAUUGAUCCACAUGCAAAAAAUCCUGUCAAGCAGGAUGCAGCACUUUUCUAGCAUUGAGAAAGCGAUUGAGUGGAGCGUUAAGAGUGGAUCUCUAAGAAACAUUGAUUCUGCUCGUUUGUCGAUUCCUACCACAUUAAAGUAUGAUGAAUCCAAGAAAUGUUAUGUUUACCGGGCGAAGCUGGAAGAAACUGAACAAUAUUGGAGAGGCUGGUAUGAAGGGCUGUCUGAAAAAUUUCUUUCAUCUCCUGUGCCAAAGCUCUUACUUUUAGCAGGAACCGAUAGACUGGACAGAACUCUGACAAUUGGUCAAAUGCAAGGGAAGUAUCAAAUGGUGGUGGUCAGGCAUACUGGGCAUGCUAUACAGGAAGAUGUCCCUGAUGAAUUUGCGUCACUGAUACUCAACUUUAUAUCACGCAACCGGAUUGGGCCUCAUGGAGCAUUUGCUAUAAUUACAUAAUUGACUUCAUAUUUUUUUUGAUUUGAUGAUAUUUCAUUUGAUUGCGAUAUAUAAUGAUCAAUUUAGUUGUGGUUGGUUUUGUGUA